AUGUCCACCGUUUUCAGGGAGCGCGAGCGGGAGCGGGACUGGGAGACGACCUCAUCCCGCGGUGGAGGUCGCAGCUUCACCACAGUAAAGCGAUACAAAAUUCCAGAUCGAAGUUUAGAGGAGGACACGUAUGAAACCGAAAUGCACGUCGUCCACCGUGAGCCAGAGCGUCGCGAAACUCGCGAAACCCGCGAGUAUAUUAUCGACGACUCGUCCCCGCGAGAAGUGCGAGAGUAUCGCUUCAUCGAGCGGGAGGUAGAACGUUCCCCCUCUCCUCCGCGCCGGGAAAUCCGCGAGUACCGCAUCGAGCGUGAGAUAGAACGCUCCCCGUCCCCUCCAGCUGUACGGGAGUAUCGCAUCGAACGGGAAAUUGAACGCGAGCCCGUGAGGGAAGCCCCCUAUGAGCUGGAGAGGUAUUCCAAGUCUACGGAGUUUUUCCGCCCUGAGCAGCCGCAGCCUAUCAUCAUUCGACAGGAGGCCCCGCAGCCCAUCAUCGUUCAAGAAGCACCUGCGCGGCAACAGAUCAUCCUGCGCCGGGAAGAGCCACAGUACGAAAUUAUAGAGCGCUCGGAAGUCGCAGAAGAACGACAGGUUUCCCGCCGCGAGCCUCGUAGGGAGGAAGACUACUACUACGAGCGUAAAGUCAAGGAAGUCGACCGCGGAAGUCGUCGUGAGGAAACAUAUUAUGAUGAACGGGAAUAUGGCCGUGACCGCUACCAUGACGAUCGCGGAUACUACAGCGAUGACGAUGUUGUCUUCGUCCGCAAGGAGAAGGAUACUUGGGGUCGUGAACGUGACUCAAGCCCUCAUCACCGCCGCCAUCUCGCGGAAGGUGUUCUUGGUGGAGUAGCUGCAGCUGAACUUGUUAGGCACCAUAGAAAGAGGCAAGGUGAUGAUCCUGGUCAUCACCUGCGACAAGCAGUCGGUUACGGUGCGUUAGGGGCCGUGGGCGCUGAAGCGAUCAGCCGCCUCAAGUCUCGCUCAAGGUCUAGUUCCAGGGAACGACGAGGGCGUAGGCAUCACCGAAGUCGAUCAUCCUCUAGGACCAAGAAAAUCGGGACUCUUGCUGCUGUUGCUGGCCUCGGAGCUCUAGCCUACGCUGCGGGACGAAGGAACAACAAUAAUACAACUAUCAUUGAAGACCGCCGAAGCAGGUCAAGGAGGAGGAGAUCCUCUGUCACGGCCAUCACUGAGACCGAAAGGGUCAGGUCUGAAAGCAGACACAUGGAUCCAGAACACCGAAAUCGUCGAGCCGCACAAGUUGGUCUUGCCAGUGCUGCAGUAGCUGGCCUCGUCGAACGCCACCGAAGCAAGUCGCGCAGUCGCAAGGGCGAACGUAGCCGUAGCCGUAUUCGGCAGGGCGUGCCAAUUGCUGCCGCGGGUGUUGCCGGGGCCGCCGUCACUGGAUUGUACGAGAAGCACAAGGCUAAGAAGGAAGCGAGGGAAGUAUCAAGGUCAAGGUCAAGGUCAAGAUCAAGAUCCAGGUCGGUACCCUCCGGCACCCGGCGGCGUAGCACAGCAAGUGACACAGCCCUUGUAGAGUACGGUGGUGAUCCUAUUUAUACCGAUGCGGUUGCGAGCAGCCAUCAUCGGCGGUCGCUCAGUCGAGAUUACGAAGACCCAGCCGAUCAUAGGUACAAUAGACGUCGGAGCUCGUCAAGUUCCUCCUCGGGAGGUAAACGCCGACGUCAUUCAAGUCGCAGCCGAAGCAAGAGUCGCACUCGGAAGGUGGCGGAGACAGCUGCCGUUGCUGGUGUAGCUGGAUUGGCCGCUCACGAAGCUGCGAAGAGGCGAGAUCGGAAGAAGGCUGAAAAGGAACGACAAAGACAAGAAGAUUCAGCCUAUUCCACUGGAAGCUACAGCCCUCCCCCAACUACUGCUGCAAGUUCAGAUCCACGAUAUUUCCCCGAGACAAAUUACUUUCCCCCUCCCCCAACCCAACCCGUAGAGGCUCAGUACCCCCAAGCUCCUUACAACCAGUAUAACCCAGCCGAUUAUCCCUCACCCCAACACGCUCGAGAUGCCCCCACCAGUUACCCACCACCCCCAAUGAACCCGGAACCUGGCAAUCCUUAUGCUCACGACCCUAGAUACCGGCGCCCGGAUGAUAAUGUGAGUGCUCCAUCAGACCCCGAGCACUUCAAUCGUGGUGGGUCUAGGCUUUCGCCUGCCCAUAUUGCUCACGUUGCUGAUUCUACAUCGCGUACAGAUAGUUUAAAAACUUCCUCUCUAGUUCCCCCAUCCCCCGUCCAAGCCCAACCCCAGCCAACAACAUCAAAGUCUGUUCAAUUCGACCUCAAUCUAAAAGAACAAUCUCCUGAGCGACCAUGUCACUCUUCUCGAGAUGAUACAGAGGAUCAUAGAAGGGGUAGACAUCGCACUGCAGAUGACACUGACAGUCGACAUCGUGACGACUCUCCAGACUCGGUCGGGAGUGGCGAAACUAUCGAUCUUCCACCACGGUUUGACCAGUAUGGGCGGCGCAGAGCGGACGAUCCUCUAGCCGACAAGUUGGAAAGCGUUCUUAACGGGCUUUUUAAGUAG